AUGUCUAAGACCAGCGACGCCGACGAAGUGUUUGAAUUUUUGGAUUCUUUGCCAUCUAAGAAGGAUGGUGGUGCUUCCACCACAGAAGCAAAAAAUGCCGGCAAGAAAGAUGAUGAUAUCUUGGAUUUCUUGGACGAAUUGGAAAAAAGCAAUAUAAAUAAAGCAACUGCAAAGAAGGAGCCUGCAAAGGAAGAACCCAUUGCCGAGCAGGAGCCUGUGAAGGAGCAAACGCCUGCAAAGGAGGAAGAACAGGCACAGGAACAAGAACCGAGGGAGGACACGCCGGUCAAUGACCCAAUCACCUCUAUCUCAAACUGGUGGUCUUCUUCGGGAUCGACUACUGUCUCGAACUUAUGGAACAGGACAACAGAACAAGCAUCGCACUUGCAGAAGAAAUUAGCAGAAGAACAGAAAAAACUACUGGACGAACAGAACAUACAACUAUCCGCUUCACAAUUGAAAGGCAUCACUUCCAACAUCUCGAAGUUCACUGACAACUUAGAUGCUUCUAAGUUUGCUGAUUUGGCUAAUAAAUUGCAAGAAAUCGUGGUUGGGGAAACUGAAGAAGUCCUAAGAAUUCAUUUAGUUCAUGAUUUCGUCAACUAUCCACUCUUACAGUACCAUGUUGAAGAAAAAUUCCAUUCAAUCCUGAAUUCUCAAGUACAAGGUGGAAUCAGGAUUUUUGUAGAUGAAUGGACAAAUCCUCAGGAAGGCAAAGAACCUGCCGAUGAAUCUGAAAGUGACUCUAAGAAAAGACAGUUGUCGAUCUUUAACGGUAAGAUCAUCGAUGGUGAGAAACUCGCAUUCGCAAACUUAGACAAUGCAAUUAAAUUAUUCAACAAGUCUCGUGAAGCAAUCACAAAACAACAACAACAAUCUGCCACGGAAGAUGCCGAUGACAGCACCGACCCCAAGGAAGAAAAAGACCUGAUCACUGACAUCUUUAUCUCCAUUGUCGCCGUCUCGCCACCCGGUGAUAACAAAAAUGAUACUAUCAAGACCACCGACUGCUCCUCCCCAGGUAAUUUCAGUUUCACCGUAGUCUUGAAGGACAUAACAAACAACAUCACCUCGAUCACCAGAUCCCAAGGUUUCCCAAAUAAAUGGGCCCAGUGGUUAGAAGGCAGCAUCGAAACAAAAUCAGCUGCUGAAGCCAUUUCUGAGGCUAAAGAAAAGAAAGAAUCCUCCGAGUCCAACGAAACUGCAUCCGAAACCGAACACACAGAGGUCGACCAAAGUGAAUGGGUCAAAGAAUGGGUGGAAGAUGGUUUGAGCUUGACAUUCGGCACAGCUGCCCAAAACUAUAUUAUCGAAAGAAUGGGUUUCUAA